UAUCAUCGCUUCUGAUCAGCUGUUCCAGUAUCAAAUGGCAAUGGUGUGCGUACUACACGCUUACGCAACUUACACAACUGCACACCAAAGUGAAAACAAGCCUCGAAAUGUCAAAUCGAUAGCAUAUUUUUUCUGCCUUCCAUCCAGCUAACUGGACUUUCUAGUGACGAGUGUGAAAAGUGGUGAUUUUGCAUUAUUCUUGAGUUUAUUCCUCCUUGCUGGCUCCGUUUUAUACCCGCACUUGGGUUUCAUUCCGUAGAACCGUUGCUUAAGCUGUGCACUUGAAAUUCAACCAACGAAAGUGGAUUCAAAUUUCAUACUUUGAUCACUCGUUUUCUUUUUGUUUUCUUACCUUCGUGAUUUCCAAUGGAGAUGGAGGCUAUUAUACAAGAUCUCAACAUACCACGACGACAGAUUAGGGAAACGCGCUGUCCCAAACGUUUCCAGCUUCUUACUCAUAAGUCUUGGUUGAAAAAUGUUUCGCAAGGAGGAAAAAUACCCGCCGAGUUUCCCGUUUGCAAUAUAGACAACUUAGAAUGGCCUGCCGUUGGUUCUGGAUCUGUUUGGUCCAGAGUAAACAUCAGUGUGCAUCGAAAGCAAUCCACUCGGGUUAUUCCACUGCCACGCAACAAACAUCUAUCAAAUCUUAGCUGUAACGAUGUACAUCUUCCAGAGAACGAAGACCCACUCCAUUAUUCUCAGCUACUUCAAUACGUUUCUCAAACAAACCAUAGGAAUCUCUGGAAGGCCGCCUAUCGCAAGUACGCAGCUUCACAACCAGUACAAAGCAUCUCAUCAUCCUCGACCCAGCAUUCGCUAGACUGUGCGAGCAAUAUCAACGGUACAAAAAAGCAACAGCAACUACAGCAGGACAAUAAUAGUAACAUAUCAGCAGCGGUGCUUCCGUAUGACUUUGUCCUACGAGAGGUGAUCGCCCGCACUUACGGGUGUCGUAUCUUGCGGCUUGAUCCGGCAGAAGGUGAUGAAUACACACAGAUACCGGUAACAACACAAUGGCAUCCAAACUUAUAUCCAGCUUUGGUGGCGUUAGAAACAGGACAAGCACUGUACGUUAUAUUUGACCCAUUCCUAGAGAAUACUUUAUUGGAUUGCGUAACAUACAGUCCGGCGAUUCUUGAGAAAUCUCACAACAAGCCUCUCUUUUUGAUCUAUCAAUUGUUGAAUCUUAUGAAGUCAUUACACGAUCGGGGGCUGAAUAUGGGAAAUGUUGAAUUGGGAGAUAUUUAUAUGACGGAAAAUCUAUGGUUGAGAGUAGUAACGGAUUUGGAAACUAACCUGGUGGAGUUCAAUGAGGAAGUACAGCAACACUUGGAUGAAUUGGGCUCACGAAGGCUGGUGUUAAGCAGGGAAUCAAAGGUGAGACUAAUGAAGGGGUUGGAUUUGAAAUAUUCUCUGAAAGAUUGGUGCGAAAUGUGGUGUCACGGGCAGUUAUCUAACUUUGACUACCUCACAAUACUUAAUAAUUUGGCUGGAAGAAAAAUAGGAUGCCCCGAACAUCACCAUAUCAUGCCCUGGAUAACUGAUUUCUCAACAAGAAACGGUCAAAUCUGGAGAGACCUGAAAAAGUCAAAAUAUCGAAUUAAUAAGGGCGAUGCUCAACUGGAUUUGACCUUUCAGGCUGCUUUGGGAACGGAAGGAACGGUUCCUCAUCAUGUAUCAGAUGUUCUUUCCGAAAUAACGUACUAUGUCUACAUGGCCCGCAGAACGGCAAAAUCUGUUUUGUGUAAACACAUACGUCCUAUUUGGGUACCGGCAGAAUAUCCAAUAUCAAUUCAGCGCUUGCAGGAGUGGACUCCAGACGAAUGCAUACCAGAGUUUUUCACUGAUCCAUCAGUUUUCAAAAGUAUUCAUGAAGAUUUACCUGAUCUGGAAGUUCCAAUAUGGGCUACUUGUCCAGAGGAUUUCAUCGCGAAACAUAGGGAGGCCCUAGAAAGCCAAUACGUGUCAGAAAAACUUCAUCACUGGAUUGAUCUUACUUUCGGAUACAAAUUAACAGGUUCAUCAUCUGUUAAAUCUAAAAACGUCUGCCUAUCUCUAGUGGAUAAACAUCAAAAUCUCUGUCAACGUGGUGUAGUUCAGCUUUUUACCUAUCCUCAUCCUACUCGACAAUUUACUACGAUAUGGAACGGAAAAACGCCUCCUCGGGUGUACAGUCACCAUGAAUCUCGCCAGCGGCUUACUCGAAGCACAGAAGAUUUAUCACAUCAGGAUUCCCAUUCCGGUGAUUCUGGAUUCUAUCCAGAGUACACAUCAUCACCACAAAGUCGUUAUUCAUCUCAAAAUCUUUACAACUCCAGUGGAUACAAAUCGGAAUCCAUGGAACGCUCCACCAGCUAUCAUAUAACUGUUCAACCCAGGCUACCUUCAGUGGUAAUCCUGCCAAAGAACUACAACCCGGUUGCUCAAUUGAACGCCGUAGAAAAUCUGGGCACGUUUGUGACGAAAACGUUUCAUUCAUCUACCACAACGUCUGGUGAGUCAACCGGUAAAAACAAAACUGUGGACGAUGAAUUCGAUUUAUGGAAUGUAAGCACUGGCAGCAGUUACUACCGCGAGCCAAAUUACGAGAGCAAUUCCUUCACGAAUCGGCUUUUUUCUGAAGCAUAUGAGGCAUCCCUCUUGAAAGACAGAAAAAUGUUUCAGAAUCUUAGAUCACAAAAUCAGUUUCAACAGGUAAAUUCUAAGCAAACCUUCAAACAACUGUUGCUGGACGUCCGAACCAGAGAUUUAAAAAUACUUGGUUGCUUGAUCGUAGAGCUGUUUUUGGCGGCGAAACUAAGACCUCACGGCAGUUGUCUUCCCCAAGACUUUGGCAGCAGAUUGGAGGCCUGCACGAAAUUGGUCAAAAAAGAACCUCGAGCAUUACCUAUCGGUGCUUUGUACGCGGUAAAACUGCUACUGGGUAUCGAAAUAUCGGAAUCUGAGGCUAUCGUAACAGAGAAAGGCUUACCUCAGCCUUCACCACAUCAAUUUCUUCAGCCACUACUUGCGAAUUUGUUAAUACCCUUUCCUCCUCAGUACCUGCGUGUUUAUCAAGUUGUCAGAGCGCUCAGCCACUUUGAAGAGUGUACCAACUUGCUUGAUUUGAAUACGUACUUCGAUUGCGAUGGGAAAAAUUGUGCACGCUUCGUAAAUCUCGAUAAAAUGCGUACUGAUUUUCGUCGAAGAAUAGCCGAGUGUAAAAUCAAUUGCUGUGUAACAUUAACCGAAGGUUUGUUGGAGCCCCGGGGUCAUGAUCAGUAUUCUAUGGUAGAGCUUCUGCUACCACACUUCAUAGAGUUGAUUAAAGCAGAUGAUACGUCAAUAUUGGCUGCUUGGAAUCUUUUCGACUCAAUUUCUACUGCUCUAGGAGUUCAAAAAACUCAGCAAUAUCUUCUUCAACCGAUUCUUUUAUUGUACGAAUCCGAAGACAACGAAAUCCGAAUUAGUCAACAGCAGAACAAAUUUCCGAGCGAUCAAGUAACAGUAAAAUUUACGCGGAAUACUUCGUUCAAAUCGCGGAAAUCUGCCAAGCUGUAUCACCACAGUUUUUUGCUGAAGCUAACCGUUCGCUUUGGAUUGCGUUGCUUUCUGGAAAACUUUAUAGCACCACUUGUGGAAGCUGUCGGAGGCUAUAAAGAUGCGGAUCUUAAUCAACCUUACCAUUUUCACGAAAACCUUCCUCAAAUGGGUGAAUUUAAACGUUCGCGUUCUUGCAGAAAUUUUCAGCUCAAAAAUGCAAACAAUAGCGAUAACCAAGAGCAAAAUUCGGCUUCGAUUUCAAACACUUUAAUAUCGCCAGACGCUUCGGACAAAACACUUUCACCAACGGUGGCGGAAAAUUUGCCUUUAGAUGAUGCGUCAAUCGAUGAAGAUAUUGAAGAAAUGUUCAGCUUCGAUGAUUAUCCUGGACGAGUAGAAACGAAACAAUAUAUGACAGUGAUAUCUGUGGGUGGCGACGAUAUUAGUGACAACGAAAUGGAAACGGCAAUGAAAAAGAUCAUUGAAGAUUUCGAUAUGAAAGCUGACAUCAGCAGCUUCGAUCUGCCAUUAAAUCACUCGCAAGCAGAUGAAGCGAUUGAAGAUGCAUUGGAGGAUGAAUUAAGUGGAAAUAGUGCACUAGAAAAGAUUAAUUUUUCGGGAACAACAACAGAUCCCAUAGAAAGCACCAAGGGCGAUCCCAAAUCGCCAACGAUACCCAUUCCAUCGUCUUUUCGCAGGAGUUUUGAAUUAAAUUCCAUUGGAUGUGAGAUCGGAAGUAAAAAAAGUAUUGAUUCAUUAGAGUACCUUUGUAAAACUCCACGAGAAGAUAAACCGGAUCCCACUAGUAAAAGUAUUGGCAACCAGCCUGCCGGCCAUUCUAAAACACCAGAGUCGAGCAAAACUAGAUCUACACGCAUUUCUGAGAUGAGUUCUGAAAGUUUGAUCUGGCUAUCGCACAGAUUGGGUCCUGUUUUGACGGCUCGUUACUUAACCAGGAAUUUGCUAAAAAUGUUAACACUUUGCUAUGUAGGACCAGAAAAUCUCGUCCCCAGCGAUAGUCAUACCAUAAAUCGUCCUACUAGCAGUGUGAACUAUUUCACCAUCGCCAACGGAUGUGUCACGGGUGAUGAAGCAGCCCAACGUGUCCUCGAGUGUCUUACUUCCAUCUCGGCGUUAUUUGGAGAUCAAUUCAUCCUUCUGCAGUACUUUCCUCAUGCCAGUGAAUUGAUCGCUCUCUGCCGGAAAAAGAUGACUCCAACAUUGGAAGGGGGACUGAUAAGCUCCUUACAAUUGGUUAAAUGCCUCAUCCCGUAUCUGAAUGAUACUACCGUCAUGGACCAAGUUCAAGAUUUUCUGCUACGAUCAAUCAUCCAUCCAAUUAUUCGUCUGCUUGAAUCCACCAAAUUUAUUAUGCCCAGUGGUUUUCUUGCACGGUCAGUCCUCGCACGUAAGCUCAUAGACACACUAUACGUUAUUUCGAUUCGAAUUGGACGGGAAAUGACCCGAGAGCAUAUAUGUAUUCCCGCAUUACAGAGGUUCUUCCUGAUUUUCGACAAAGCUUAUGGACGAAACGAACAUUUACGAGAUCUCAAGGUACGGGAUUCUAGUCCUUCCAGUUCAGGAACGGAUGACUCUCACUACAUCGAAUUCCGUCGAGAGGGAGGAACACGUGAGCUCACUAUUCGUGGGCAAGAAAUCCGUCAAGUUGCUGCCAAGGGUCAAGAGCCACUGGAUAGUUAUACUCCUCCCAGCGCCUUAGAUUUGCCACUAUCUUCUACUAGCAACGUAGAAUGUGGAGCAGCCAUGGUUCAAUGUACUGUUCGUUCCAAAGCUUUCGAGGAAAUUCGGGAAGUUUUUACGCCUAAUCUUGCCUACUCGUGCUUCGUUCCUUUCUUAAAUUACCUCGGUCAGUACGAAAUGUCGCAAACUCUUAAGAACAUGCCACUUGUGCUGAACCUUUGCCACGACCAUGAACAGCCGGAGUAUGCAUUUGCUAACCAUUCGGCUAAAGCUGACUCCGAUCCACUCGAAGAAGAUACCGCUCAGCCAGAAUCUCUGAACUGCUCUAACACCUUCGGUUCCAACAUCAUCGGUAAUCGAAUCGAGGUGAAGAACGAUUCCAACAAAAUAGAACUAGAGCAGAAAGAGCUACUCGGAAUGGUCACGUAUCGGUUAGAACAGGUCAACAGCUCUCGAAACCUGCGGGGAAACUGGUUGGCCUAUUGGGAGCAUGAAAUCGGUCGCGCCGAUAAAGAUCAACGAUUCAACUUGAAGCAAAUCAAGCUGCAAACCUAUAGCGGUCACAGUAACUCAAUAAAAGCGAUAUUAGCGCUGGACAAUGAAAACAGUUUCAUUUCCGGAUCCAAGGACAAAACUGUAAAGCUGUGGUCAUUACGCAGCGAAGGUGAUGGUAGUAAAGUCUCUACCUGUCAGUUCACCUAUAACAAUCACCGUAAGUCGGUGCAUUCGUUGGCAUUUUUAGAGUCGCUUAGACUCACAAUUUCCUGUGAUUCCGGUGUGCAUUUGUGGGAUCCUUUCGUGGGUUCUCAGAUUGGCCAACUUGAUGUACCGAAAUACACUCCAGUUUCGCUGGUACGAACACUCCCUUCUCCAAGCUGCCUCGUAUUGGCUGGAACGGCUGAUAGCUGUGUGAAGAUCAUCGACGCGCGUACCUUUAGCUAUUGUCAAGAGUGGCGGAUAUCGAACGCUCCAGUUGGUUCAGUGCGGUCCAUUGCUGUCGCUCCAUCUGGGUUGUGGAUUGGUGUUGGACUUAGCUCGGGUCAAAUCACCAUUUUGGACGCCCGAACUGGGUUUAUUAUCUCCUCAUGGCGAGCAAAUGAUAGUGAUCUGCUACAGUUGCUAGCUCCCAAUGACAGUCAACUGAUUAGCACUAGCUUGGACUAUUCAGUGAGUGUAUGGAACCCGAACACCGGAAACCUGCAAUUUAAUAUGAAAAUUCGUCCAGAACCAGUCCAUUGCUUAACUAGCAACGGCCCGGAGCUCAUAGUUGGAACACCUACCAAUCGAAUUGGUGUAUACGGAUCCAUCAGCUCCGAAACAAAUUACUGGUACACGAAACUUAGAUCGGAGACUUUUAGGGGGGUGCUGACUAGCUUUGCAUUACUUCCCCUCAAUCGAAUGUUGCUGGUAGGUGGCGACAACGGCAAUAUCAGUUUAUUAUGCUAAAUGAAAGUGCAAUCCUUCCUAUCGUGAUCUCACUCAUUCUCGUUACUUUUGCAUUCCGAGCCCUACAACGGAAGAAAAUGAUAUUUUUUUACGAAUGUAUGUGAGUUAUGCUUGAACUACACAGCAUAGUGCAGUUAGUAUUAUCGAAUCUGAAACCAAAUUAUGCUGUAAUUAUUAAUCAUAUAAAAUAAUCUUUGCCACCAAUGAUAAAACAUGUCCUUGAAGAAAACGAAAUCUCCAUAAUGGGUGGUACAAAUUCGCGGAACCUUUUUUCAUGAGUGUUUUGCUAUCAAAAAAUCGAAAAACACGUUCUGCGUUGAAAAAGAUUUUUUAUAUAAAAGAUUUCAUUUCGUUAAAACAAGUUAUAAAAAGCUACACAUACAAAAUGCAGUCCGAGCCCCCGUUCGCUGGUUCGAAAACCUAUAAUUUGCUAUUUCGUUUUGUUACCGAUCGCUUUCAAGGCGAUCGGCCCAAUUGAAGGCUUGUUUAAUUUGUAGUAUGUAAGUUGUAUAUAUUUGUUUUGUUUGUGGUUGGCUCAUUAUUAUUGUUGUUAGCUGUUAAUUUAUUUUGUUUUCCAAUUAUUGUAAUUUUUUGUUUAACAUAGCUAUAAGUUAUACUAAACAUACUAACAUAAACAUCAUAGUUUAUUCCAUAAUUAGGCGUCGAUAAUUUGCGAGAAAAAAAAAGUUAUGUAUUGUUGCCGCUUGCAAGCCCGUGGAUUUCCCGCCAGUUGACAAUCUGGGAAUAAAAGAGGCCUUUGGAGCCCACCCCGGAACGUGCAGACCAGACGUUGGGGCUUUUGACGUGGUUCCCAAGAGGCCAUCAGAAAUCCCAGAAGGCGGCCACACCUUACAGGCAGUUACAAAAAUACGAGAAGCGAAAUGUACCGGAAAAACCGCAACGGCAAAAGACGGCAAAAUAGUCCGCACUAAAAAUAUCCCAACCGAUAAAAAUAAUCGCUAACCAAAAACAACCCUGACACAACGCCACCCAGGUGCCGGAUGAAGCAAGAAAAUAUAUGACAUCAAGAUCGCUGCAUCCGGAUAAAGGAAAAGAGAGAGAAGAAGAAGAGAGAGGGAGAUCGAGGAUUGGGAGAAGGUCGAUAGUAGAUGACAGACGUUGGAGACGAGGACCAUUAGAGUUCGAACCAUCAGAGAAGACACAUGCGAAAAUUUGAAAGUAAAAAACUAAAAAAAAAAUUAUAGUUGUCGAGCAGAAGAAGACGAUAGCGCCGGCUGUCUCCAAGUGGACCGGAUUGCAUCGUGGAAGAGGACAAAACGUGGAGAACUCGGAAGUGUUCCGUGCGUAUUACCAGGCGGAAACCGCCGUCAACUUCUCUUCGCCACCCCGACCAGGAAAACAUCUGAACGAGCCAGUUCAGCGGGAUAGCGAUCGUCGAGACGUCCCCAGAAGGAAAACGGCGAGAUAUCGGCGGAACGUGGAAGCGCUGCCAUCAUUGGUUGACCGUUGAUCGGUCAAGGUACGUACCUCUCUCCCUCCUCCCCUGCAUGUCGUCGAUGGGCCCCAACGCGUCGUGAACGGUACCGCAUCAUGAAAACUUAAGUCCAGAAUAAAGAAGUAAAAUGAA